UUGAACAGUGUUAAGUAUGAAACUUAACACUGUUUUAAGUUAGAAUUGAUUCUAAUGCAAAAUCAAAUCUAAUAGUCAUAGCCCGAACCUGUCAAACUUAACUAUAAGUCUCUAGAUUCAAUUUUGUCUCCUCCAAAAGUGGAACUCCUUGUGAGAUUGGCGUUGAUUAUAAAGUGCUAAUAAGGAGAUAGAAGACUUGUUUGAUGAAUAUUUGUGAUAGAGGCAAGAUACAAUGCUAGCUAGGGACAACUGUGUUUUGUCAUUUUAAAAAUUUCUUAAAAUGCUGAAUAUGUUUCGAAAGGUUGUAAAAGAGAAUAGCGAAGGAAAUAUUGAAUUUAUAUUGUAUCAUGUUUUUUAGUUGAAGUGAAAAUGAAACCAGAAAACAUGGAAAACAGAUCCUAAAUUAAGGUUUUUGCCAAUGUUUUAAAUAAUGGUCCGUGACCACGAUUUGGACUGUGACAUAGAGGUGUUUGAUAUGUCCAAAACAGCAGCCACAUUUGACCGUGGUUCUCCGAAAUAUUAAGCAUCACGACACCAUCACAACUGUUAUCACAACCACUAUCUUGGUUUACAUUUUGAAAAAAAAAUGGUUUUGAUUUCAUUUAUUUCAGGUUGAUGUUAAGGUAAACUGUUCUAUAUUGGUUCCUCAUUAUUGUCUUGCACUGUAAAAUCACACAGAAGAUUUCUCAGUAUCAUAUUCCAAAUUCAUUAUGCCAACUUGUUUCAUCCUUUUGAAACACUGUCCAUUAUUUAUGAUAGUUAAUCCUAUUGUUUUGUUCCUUCUACUUUCAUUAUUUCCUUGUCUAAAGAUGCUGCGACGAGAUAGAGAGUUGCUUGGUUCGAAUUCAAAGUAUCCUCGAGCCGUUGUUCUUUGUGCUUCAGAGGAGAAAGUUGAACAGUGUUUUAAUGCUGCAAGAUAUAUCAUCCAUAAUGCAGAAGUGAAGUCCGCAAAGAAUCGUGCUUCAUCAGAUACCGAAAAAUCAAAUUCCUCAAUUGGCUUGAUGAUUGGAACUCCUUAUGAGAUCCUUCAAUACAUUGAAGAGGGGACUAUUGUUCCUGCUGAAUUAAAAUACUUGGUAUUGGACGAAGCAGAUUCCAUGCUUGGUAGCAGCAACAUUGGUCCUGAAAUUAAUAAAAUUAUCAGACCAUUACAACAUAAUGAAUCAAAAUCCAGUGUCAAAAGAUUGCAAACGAUCAUGGCAAUUUCAACUAUAGCUGAGGUUUUGGGUGAAGAUUCGCCGAUUGUGAAAUGACUUGAGCGUGAUCAUGCCGGAAAUAUUUCUGCAUUGUCUGUGGAAAUGGAAGAAACAGAAGUUUUUCAUUUGACAGAGUCUCUGGAUGCUCUUAAGAAAAAUUGGAAGAAGCCAUGAAUUCCCUUUAGAAAUAACACUAACAUUUCGGUGUACAAUUUCUCUAGGUUUGUGUAAUAUUUUACUGUAAAUUACGAGUAAUAUAAUUAUAUUUUCGUACCGAA